AUGUUCAUCACUCUCUCCCUCUCUCUCGAAACGCGUUCAUCACUCUCUCUCUCUCUCUCUCGAAACGCGUUCAUCACUCUCUCUCAAACGCGUUCAUCAUCCUCUCUCUCUCUCUCAAACGUUCAUCACUCUCUCUCUAAACGCCGCGUUCAUCACUCUCUCUCUCUCGAAACGCGUUCAUCACUCUCUCUCUCUCGAAACGCGUUCAUCACUCUCUCUCUCUCGAAACGCGUUCAUCACUCUCUCUCUCUCGAAACGCGUUCAUCACUCUCUCUCUCUAAACGCGGUUCAUCACUCUCUCUCUCGAAAAACGCUUUCAUCUCUCUCUCUCUAAACGUGCAACGUUCAUCUCUCUCUCUCAAACGCUGUUCAUCCUCUCUCUCGAAACGUGUUCAUCACUCUCUCUCUCUCUCUCUCUCUCUCUGUGCUUUUCUUGCAAAUGACCAUCUCUUUUGUAAGCAUAUCCAUCUAUUACUCCUGCCUGCUUGUCUCACUCCAUUUCCUAAGUGUGCAUGA